CGAUUGUUCCACGGGGUAUAAAACGGAACGUGUCGUACCCCAGUGUCAAUUACUCGCUAAUAAACUCAACAAAAACAACAAAAACAUGAAGUCUUUCUCUGCCUUGUUGGUCUUGGUCGUGGUUGCCCUCGUUUCUGAGGCGGCGGCGCAAAUCGUCGGGGGUGGGGCUGGUGCCGCGGCGGCGGCCAGCGCGGCGGCAGGCGGCGGUGGUGGUAUCGUUCCUCGUCCUUAUCCCGGCGGCUACAACAAUGGGGGAUACUAUCCAGGCGGAUACAACAAUGGAUACAAUAAUGGAUACAACAACGGAUACGGCGGUUAUCCAGGAGGAUAACAAUGGGUACAACGGGGGAUAUUACCCGGGGGGAUACAAUAACGGAUAUGGUGGGUAUCCCGCGGGAUACAAUAACGGGGGCUAUCCAGGAUCUUAUGGUGGAUAUCCAGGUGGAUAUGGAGCGUAUUAGGGCAAAAUUAGGGGAUUUUAUUUUCGGGGGGUUACAAAAUUGGGGUAAUUCGGGGAAUAUUUGAAAACAAUA